AUGUCCUCUAUCACCAUCCCAAAAGGCUCCAUCAAGCUCGCUGGUCUGCUCUUCAAGCCAGUUUCACUUUCUGGCAAGGCACCCGGAGUUGUCGUCAUUCACCCUGGUGGAGGUGUGAAAGAGCAGACAGCUAGCAUAUAUGCCAAGCAGCUCUCUGAGAAGGGCUACAUUGCAAUUGCUUAUGAUGCGGCCCACCAAGGCGACUCGGAGGGUCUCCCUCGCCAUCUCGAAGACCCUGCAUCAAGAAUUACAGAUGCUUUCGCUGUCGCCGACUACCUUGAACGACUUGGUAGCGUGGAUGUCAAUUCUCUUUUCGUCGUCGGCAUCUGUGCGGGAGGAGGAUAUGCAGUUGCCGCUGCGAAGGUCGACCAUCGCUUCAAGGCUGUUGCUAUUGUCAGUGCUGUCAAUGGAGGCGAAGGGGCCCGCCUGGGUUUAGAUGGAAAGGGAAACCCGGCCGAUGCGGCCGCCACUCUCGAUCAAGUGGCGCAAGCCAUCCAAUCCGAGGCCAAAAGUAACGAGCCUAUUACUGUACCAAUCAUCCCCCCGAAAGGCGAUAGUCCGGUUCAGGAUAUGCUUGAUACGCAUGAGUACUAUUUCACUUCGCGAGGAAAGCACCCCAACUCUCAGAACAAGAUGCUUCUUCGUUCCGUUCCCCUCGUCAUGGCGUGGGAUGCAUGGGCAUAUGCGGAACAUCUCCUUACGCAGCCUAUACUGAUCGUUGUUGGAGCGGAGUCAGUCAACAAGUGGCACUCAGAUAGGAUCUUUGAGCGACUUGAUGGCAAGAAUAAGAGCCUGAAGAGAACCAUCUGGCCUAAUGCCUACCAUAUUGACCUUUACGACAAGAUGGAAUAUGUCGAGCCGACCAUCGAAGAGAUUGACGAGCUAUUCAAGAGUGUAUAG